AUGUCUUGCAGCACUGCCAACUACCCAUAUUUUUUUCUUUAAUAUUCAUGUUUUCCUUGAAUAACACGAACCACGUCAAUCAAUUGUGAGCAAUAAACUAGCUUUGGAAAACUAAAGUAUUAGUGUAUUAGCUCCAUAGUUUUAAUAUGAGUACAUCUACAGUGCAACACAUCAUCCUUACUGGAUCUCCAGGUGUUGGUAAAACAACUAUCAUUCAGAAAGUGUGUUCUGAGCUGCUACGUAAAGAUGUUCCAGUUAAGGGCUUUUAUACCUCAGAAGUAAGGGAAAAAGGAAAGCGUAUUGGGUUUGAUGUGGUUUCUCUCGCUGGCGAAAAGUCUUCUUUGGCCAGGAUUGGAAACAUCACUGGACCCAAGGUCGGACAAUAUGUAGUUGAUUUACAAUCUUUUGAAUCUGUAGCCCUUCCUAUUUUUAAGUCUUUGAAUGAGAAUAGCAUUAUUGUUAUUGAUGAAAUAGGCAAGAUGGAACUUUUCAGUAAGAGCUUUGAAAUUGCAACAAAGACUGCUUUCUCAUCAAGAAAUACUAUUUUAGGAACAAUCCCAGUUCAGAAAGGAAAACCCAUUCCCCUAGUGGAAUUUGUACGCUCGCAUCCUUCUGUUAAACUCAUCACAGUCGACAUGAAGAACAGAGAUCACAUAGCUGAUGAAAUAGUUCAGCUGUUAACAUCUAGCUUCCAUGAUCUAGGAAAAAAAUAAAACUUGACUUAAAUGUA